GAUGACGUCCGGCGUUUCCACUCCUUUUCUUUCAUCUUCUUUUAUUCAUAUAUUCUUCUUUUGUGAAUGUAAAUGGUUGACAUGGUUCUUUAGAGCCCACAGCAGAAUUACGGCCCUCCCGGCGGAGGCCAUAUGUAUCAACAACAACAACAGCAACAACAACAACAACCUGCCUACCAGAACCACUACAAUCAAGGCGGCCAUGGUGCUCCAGCCCGUCCGCCCAACGAACCGGUCUCCUUCGGUCAUGGCGCUCCCCAAGAAUACGCUUACCAAUACUCACGAUGCACCGGCACGAGAAAGGCUUUGCUGAUUGGUAUCAAUUACUUCAACCAGAAGGGUCAGCUGCGCGGAUGUAUCAAUGAUGUCAAGAACAUGUCAACGUACUUGCACGAGAACUUCGGUUACCCUCGUGACAACAUGGUGCUUCUGACGGACGACCAACAAAACCCAAAGAGCCAGCCAACGAAGGCCAAUAUUCUGCGGGCCAUGCAUUGGCUAGUCAAAGACGCCAAACCUAACGACUCCCUCUUUUUCCAUUAUUCCGGCCAUGGUGGCCAGACACCCGAUCUGGAUGGUGAUGAAGACGACGGAUACGACGAAGUCAUCUACCCCGUUGAUUUCCGGCAGGCGGGUCAUAUUGUUGACGAUGAGAUGCACCGGAUAAUGGUUAAUCCCUUGCAGCCGGGCGUGCGGUUGACGGCCAUCUUCGACUCGUGCCACUCUGGCUCCGCGUUGGAUUUACCGUAUAUCUACUCGACACAAGGUAUCCUCAAGGAGCCCAAUUUGGCCAAGGAAGCAGGACAGGGUCUGCUGGGAGUGGUGUCGGCGUACGCACGUGGCGAUAUGGGCAGCAUGGUCUCGACAGCUGUUGGUUUCCUCAAGAAGGCAGCCAAGGGCGACGAGGUGUACGAGCGCAACAAGCAGACCAAGACCAGCGGAGCAGACGUCAUCAUGUGGUCAGGCAGCAAGGACGACCAGACCAGCCAGGAUGCUCAGAUUCAGGGACAAGCCACCGGUGCAAUGUCAUGGGCCUUCAUCACCGCCCUCCGCAAGAACCCCCAGCAAAGCUAUGUGCAGCUUCUCAACAGCAUUCGGGACGAACUGUCGACCAAGUAUACACAGAAGCCGCAGCUCAGCUGCAGUCACCCACUGGGUAAGUCGAAUAGAUGCGAUCUAUCAUAAUUUCAUUCUGACCGGGCAUAGAUGUGAACCUGCUUUAUGUGAUGUAAAUAUUUGGGCUUAUGGAUGGCUCUUUAGGCACGGGCUUGGCAUCGGGAUAGUACUGACAUUUUACGCGGAAAUACUUUUCUUUUUCUCUUUUUCUGUUCUUGCCCGAUUUUCAAAACUUUCAUGGCUUUCUUCCCGAGUGCUUGGUUUGU